UUCUUCUCUUUCGUCUUCUCACAACAGUCCAGUGUGAGUUGUGUAGUCAUUGAAUGUGUGCCAUGAAAUUCAUUAUACAGAUAUGUGUCUUCAUUAUAUUCGAACUGGCUUUUUGUUCGAGUAUUUUUGUCGUUAACAAUUCCAUUAGUAUCCUUCCUAUUGACGAUAAUCCUGCCCGCUGGACAGAAGAAGGCAUUUGGGGCCCAAUUUUAGAAGAUUGGGUUUUAGGAUCAAAAAGGGAAAAACGUGUCAUGCGUAUAGACAACAAUGAAAUUAUGAUAGUGAGAAGGAUCGAUUCAGAUGAUAAAGAUAGAAAGGAAAGCAAAAUCUACAAUACCAAAAUUGUGAACAAUAGCAACUAUAAACCUCCUAGACAAGUUUCUGAAACUGACUUGUAUCUAUUGAGUGCCAUAGAAAAAUUGGUUUAUAAAGUGGAUUCAAUGGAGAAGAGACUGAGGAAAGCAGAGGAAAUGCUGUACUACUUCAUGGCUGGAAACAGAAUAGAUCAAGAUCAAUGUCCCGAUAACUUUACUAGAAUCGGCGAGAAUUGUUACUUCUUUGGCAACAAAGCAGGGCGUGAGUAUGACUGGAAAGCUGCUAGCAAACAGUGCAGAAUUCUUAACUCUGUUCUGGCAGAAUUUGAGACGAUCGAAGAAAACCAGGAUAUAAUAUCGUACAUUCAGAACAACGAUUAUUUAAGAGGAAAAGAUUUCUGGACGGGUGGCUUGAACCCUGGUCUACUUUGGAUUUGGAGCAACAGUGCACGACCCGUGUCCUCUGGAAAGAAUCAACAGAAAACAUCUAUUUCUGGAGACGGUCGAUGCCUGAGGAUGGCCUUCAAUCCACAGUUGAGAUCUUACGCCUAUAAGGGAAGCGAUUGUUCAAUCAGAUAUAAUUAUAUCUGCGAAAUAUCCGAGGAUCCGAUUAUGAAUGAGAUUCAAAAACAAGCUAAAUCUAAGGAAAUAUAAAGUCUAUUUAUUUA